AUGAGCUACGUGACGCCGAAGAAGGAGACGCGCGGGGGCGCCAAGGACAAGCGCAAGCACAAGCCGUCGGGCGCAACGCCAGUGCCCGAGAAGAAGAAGCCCGGCUCGCGCACGGUCAACAUCUCGGACACGCUCACGAUCGAGUUCACGGACCCGGACGACGACGACGACGAGUCGCCGAUUGUCAAGCCGGCAAAGACAUUGGCCUCAUCAGCAUCCACAGCUGCCGCCACCGUCGAUGCACCGCUGCCGCGGAGCAACCGCAAGACCCGGCGCGACAUGCGGCGCUUGAGCGACAAGAUGGAAACGGUCAAGGUCGACCCGACGGCGACGCCACGCUCCAUCAUCAAAGCAUCAGCGCUGCCACCGACGCAGGUGCUCAAGAUAUUGACCGAGGUGUUUGCCGAGGUCGAGCGCGACGACCGCGCCAUGUACAAGGUCAACCCGGACGUCAUUCGCGAAGAGACGUCGCAGUGCGCCAAGUCGAGCCUCGUCGAGAAGACGAGCGCCGCCGACCUCAAGCGCCUCCUCACGUACGGCGAGGUGCUCCCGGAUGCAUUCACGGACACGAUCAUGCCCUUCUUGGCGCUCGAGCCGUCGGAUGUCUUCUACGACUUGGGCUGCGGCACGGGCAAGAUCGUCGUCCAGGUCGCGCUCGAGACGGGCCUCCGCGACGCGCGGGGUAUCGAGCUCAUGCUCAACCGCGUCGUCGAGGGCCAGCGCGCGCUGGACCGGCUCCGCGCCACGUACCCCGAGCACGUCAGCGACAAGGCGCUCUCGAUCGUGCAAGGCGAUAUCUGCCACCCGGUGACGCAGCUCGCCAUGAUGGACGCGACCGUGGUCUUCAUCAACAAUGUGCUCUUCCCGCCCGAAGUCAUGAGCGCGGUCUGCGACCUCCUCCUCCAGCUCAAGCACCUCAAGCGCAUCGUCACGAUGAAGAAGAUCUGCGAGCGCCACCGCGAGGCGCGCUGCCAGCGCGACGGGAACGCGUGCACGCUCUUUGAGGACCCGCCGGUGCAAGCCAAAGUGUCUGUGUCGUGGGCCAAGCACGCGUUCGCCUACCUCUACACUGUGCGCUGACCAGCAUGUAUUUAUAAGGCGAGAAUAU